AUGGUGUGCUACAAACCAUCGACAAGUGUAUUGAUAACACCUGAUAAUAAAGACUUCUUCUACAUAUGCCCAGCCCAUCUUAAAGACCGUGGCUUCUGUUCUCCCAUUGUGGACUCGGAACAGGAAGCCAAGAAGAAGAAAGAUGAGGAGCUGGCCCAAGAAAUUGAGAAAGUGAAGCAAGAAUAUGAAGAGAAGCAAAAGAGGAAAAAGGAGAAAGACAAGGAAAAAGAUAAGGAGAAGAAUGGAAAGGAUGACGAUAAAGAUAAGGAAAAGAAGAAAAAGAAAAAGAAGGAUUCGGAGGAGGAUGAAGAUGCAGAGAAGGAGAAGAAUGAGAAGAUCAACGACCUCCGCAAAGCAGCAGAGACAAAACAAACCGAUGAUGAUUCUCCUCGAAUAUUUGAAUUGCACAAGAAUUUCUAUCAAAUGCGCAUCAAUCGCCUGCGGAAUAUAGAAAUGGCGAAGAGAAAUGCCGAACGUCUUAGAAAUCCGGCUUCGUUUCCAUCUGUUCCCAAGGGUGACUUAUGA